AAUCAUCUCGCGACAAGAUGCGGCCUUUCAAGCCGCCUACGCUCACGCACGUUCUUAAGGCACCGCAGAACAAUAGCAGUGUGAACGUUGCAAAUGAAGAGCCGCCUGCGAAGAAACGGCGACUGACAUCAGACCCUGUCCCAUCAAGAUCAUCUCCGAAAUCAGAUAUCGUGCAUCGGGGCUCACAAGUCUCAUCUCGAAGUCCUCUCAAACCAGUCAGAGAGACAAGCACAUCUGUUAAUGCAGGAUCAAGCGAGACACACACGGUUUACUACGCCGUACUGUGGCGGAAACCUACUACAAGGAAGAACAAAACAUGGGACGGUGACGGAGUGUUGUGCGUCCGUGAUGGGCAAGCUUUCCUGAAAAACGACAAGGGUAAGGACCUUGGCCGUACUUCAUGUAAAGGGCCACUGUUUGUUGGCUCAGGCCUGUCAGUAGGUGGCAGGGAGGUCGAGGUUGAAGCAUUGAUGACGAAAGAUGACUACAGGUCUGUUCAAAAGAACUUGGAGAAGGUCGCACAGCCGCCCCCAGUAUCGAAGCAGGCUGAUGGAGCGACCCAAAUUACAAAGAAGGCCCAAGCAAGGCACGACAAAAUCGUCGUGACGCAGAAAGAACGCCUCACCAAUGCAGUGCCGAGUUCUCAAGCAUCGAGAAGCUCCUUCAAGACCCCACUAGCCGUAAACCAUGUUCAAGCUAUGCCUAAAGACGUUGCUGUCCCUGUACCUCGCCAUGAUCCCAAAGCCACGAAUGCUUUGAUAAUGAAGCGACCACGUCCUGUAUCCAAAGGACAACAAAUAGUGGACGUCGUGGUGGAUCCGUUGUUGACCCGAGCACUACGCGAGCAUCAACGCGCCGGCGUUGCCUUCUUGUACGAGUGCGUCAUGGGGAUGAAGAGUCAUGGUGGCGAGGGUGCAGUACUGGCAGAUGAGAUGGGACUCGGCAAGACCUUGCAGACCAUCGCACUGAUCUGGACAUUGCUCAAGCAAAAUCCAAUAUACAACGAUCCCCCGGUAAUCAAGAAAGCUUUGAUUGUUUGCCCUGUUACACUGAUCGAGAACUGGAAAGCGGAAUUUCGGAAGUGGUUGGGCAACGAGCGUGUUGGCAUUUACGCUUUGGAGAAUAGCAAGCAGCGUCUGACCGACUUCACGCGCGGCAGGGCGUACAGUGUCAUGAUCGUUGGCUACGAGAUGUUGGUCAAGGUAAAAGCCGACCUUUUGAAAUGUCGCGAUAUCGGAAUCGUGAUUGCAGAUGAAGGUCAUCGGUUGAAGACUCAAGGCAAUAAAGCCGCUGCCGCUAUCAAAGAGCUCCAGACAGAACGGAGGGUCAUCUUGAGCGGGACACCGGUCCAAAAUGAUCUGACGGAAUUCUUCACUAUGGCUGAUUUCGUGAAUCCCGGAGUGCUGAACAAGUAUUCGCAUUUCAAGAAGGAAUUUGAAACCCCGAUUCUACGCAGUCGCCAGCCUGGUGCCAGUGCAGAAGAUCUCGAGAAAGGAGAGAGCCGUAAUCAGGAAUUAGCGGAGCUGACUAGUCCCUUCAUUCUGCGUCGGACAGCCGAAAUUUUGUCAAAAUAUUUGCCGACCAAGACCGAGUACGUCGUCUUCUGCAGGCCGACAACCAAACAAGCGUCAAUAUAUCGCAAGAUUAUCGCCUCGCCGGCUUUCGGUACUGCGUUUGGGGCGCCUCACAAUCAGCUGGAAUUGAUCAAUGUGUUGAAGAAGCUUUGCAACAGUCCUUCGCUUCUACUGGAGAAGGAUGGCGAUGACCAGGCGAAGGAGAGCGCUGUGAAGGAUGCAAUCAAAGAAGUGCCCCAAAGAAUUCUGAGAGAAAAUGUGGCGAGCGGAAAGCUACGCGUUCUUGACGCUUUACUUGAUCAAAUACAUCAACAUACUGAGGAAAAGGUCGUCCUGGUCAGCAAUUACACCUCGACCAUGGACAUACUUGAGAGGUUGAUUGGAUCGCUUGGCUAUUCACAUCUUCGACUUGACGGUUCCACGCCAACAUCCAAGCGACAAGACCUUGUCAAUCGGUUCAACCGAUCAUCAAAGAGCAAUUCAUUCAUAUUCCUGCUGUCGGCCAAAGCUGGUGGCGUGGGACUGAACUUGAUUGGUGCUUCGCGCCUCAUUCUAUUCGACAUCGACUGGAAUCCCGCCACAGAUCUGCAAGCCAUGGCUCGUGUCCAUCGAGAUGGUCAGAAGCACCCGUGUUUCAUCUAUCGCCUCUUGACGCAAGGCGCCCUUGACGAGAAGAUUUUCCAGCGCCAGGUCAGCAAGACGGGUCUCGCUGACAGUGUGGUCGAUGGCAAAACAGGAGUCAGCGGCUUCACGCACGAAGAGCUGCGGAACUUGUUCAGUCUCGACGAGAGUCCUGACUGCGAGACUCACAAAUUACUUAAUUGCCCUUGUGGCGGAAACGGUCUUGUUGUGAGAGACUCGAUCGAUGAUUCUGGCAUCACAAUAGACGAAGAGAGCGGGGCAGAAAUUGUUCGACUCGACGAUGACCAGGAAGCGGAUGCUCUCUUGAGCUCGAAGCCGAGGCCCUUGACCGACGUAGACCGCGAUGCACAGGAGGAGGAAAUCCGACGACAAUCUCGAGAAUGCAAGGAUUCAACCGGACGUACGAAGAUGUUGAGUCUGAUGCAGUACACCCAUCUAGACACUUCGCUCUGUGUUCAGCCGGUGGCGGAGCCGCCUCGAGAGGAUACUGAGUUGGUCGACGACGUUCAAGAGGAGACGAGUACUGGGCAGAUUGAUGACGUCGUCCUCCGCGAGGUGGUCACGGCGAAUGUCAGCUGGAUCGGAUUUGUGUUUUCGAAGAUGAGCGCUACGUGAGCUUGUCGUGUGUAUAGCUUAGACGGCUGAUAGAGCUCUCCUAUGCUGAUGAGAAAAUAUUGACGACGGAUGUGCAAAUAGCCGUGAUAGUGUUCCGCAA